UCCUGAGACUGGAAAAGAGCCUAAUUUUCAAGAUUUAUGGCAAAUGACUCAUAUGAAGAAUAGUGGAGAAUGGAUAGAUGGAGCUAGAGAAGUUCAUUUGAAGGUCCAAGAAGCAACUUCUGAUAUAUUGCAAGACAUUAAUGAAGAUGUUGAUGAAGACCAAAUUAUUAAUGAGGCUUUCCAAUCAAUUGUGGGAAAGCGAAUUGGGUAUUGUCGCGGUCUUGGAGUUGGAAUUAAACCAACAAGAGGAAAAUCUUCAGCUUUAAAUCAAGAGUUAGCAAGUGAACGUAAAAAGAGACAUGAUAUAAAAAUGAAAUUGAAAGAGAGGUUGAAACUCAACUUCAAGAAGAGCGUCGCAAAAGACAAGAAAUGGAAACACAAUUCGAAGAGACCCAAAGACAGCUUGAAUAACCGCAUGGAGAAGCAACUUGAGGAAAAAUUGGCACAUAUUUUUUUUAGAAGGAAUCCUUUUACUGCUGGACAAUUUUCUAGUGUUAGGAACAAUGCAGCAUACCAUGAUCAUAGAGUUGAAAGUACUGGUAACAUAUGGGCACAAAGGGAAAUCAUGGAAGCUUCAACUACUUUACGAAGAGAGGGUCAAGAUAAAGUUAGGAGAUUUAAUUAAUAUAUGUUGUAAUCUUAUUUUACAUUUUUCCU